GAGACACCUCAGAGACAAGCUGCAUGAUGAAUCACCUAGUAGUUUUUGCCAUUGCCUUUGCUGUGUUCCACAUUGGCCAUUCAGAAAUACCAGACUUUUGCCAACUGGAAGAGGAUGAAGGUGUCGGAGACAGCUUCAUCAUUGCUUUGCACUACGAAUCCACGCAAAACAGGUGCAAUCCCUUUAUAUACAAAGGCCAAGGAGGCAACGCCAAUCGCUUCCUAAAAGAACAAGACUGCAUGAGGAACUGCUCGGCCGGUGUCGACACAUACUACCCCACAGACGCAACCGCGACUUGUCUCUUGGCGAAGGCGACUGGUGGAUGUAGUGGCCACUUUCUGAGAUACUACUAUGAUUCUGUCCAUGAAAAAUGCAAAAAAUUUCUCUGGACCGGGUGCCAUGGAAACGGAAAUCGAUUUUUUGACCAUGACAGCUGCAACGCCACCUGUGCUGGUGUCCAUGAUGACCGUGAGGAAGAAGAAGAGGAUGAGCCAGACACUCCAAUUGCAAUCAUCUGCGGGGUUUUGCUUGCUGUCAUUGUUGCAUCCAUCUUCAUUACUGUCAUCGUCUUGACUGUCAAAUCAAAGAAGAAACAGAAGAUGGCUCCAGGAAAAAGUAAAGAUGAACAGCCUGAUUCUCCUCUGAAGGGGCAGAGUCUUGAAAUGGCAUGACCAAACACCUCUGCUGUAACAAGUUGUUGUUUUUUUCACUGAAAACAAUUAAAAGUUAUUAUCCUUUAACAAUUAGAUUUUUUAAAAAAAACAUACAUUAGUAAAAGUAAUUAAACUCUUGACAACAGAGUUUUGGGGGCUAGUGGGAUGUUUGCUAUGGAGGUGUGCUUUUGCAAUAAUCUAAUAGACAAUACACGUGAAAUUAAAUGAAUCCAACUUAAUCUGAAUUCAUUAUUAGUCACUGAAAUAACUGUACACACAUUAUGUGAGCUAAUAACAGUUUGUGCACUAAUACACACUAUUUUGGUUAUAAUUUUUUUUGGGGGGGGUGCAGUAAGGGUGCUGAUAAAUAAAUACUGAAAUGUGGUAACUGUUGUCGUCUUCACAUCACAAAAUUUGAGAUAUAAACAAUUUUCUGAACAAAUGAUACAUUGUAUUCAUAAUAUACAGUAUAAGUUUUUCACUUUAAUAGUUCAGUUGUAAAUAUGCAAACUGGUUAUGGGAAGGAACAGGGGAUAUAAAACUUUUAAAAAAUCGGAGAGAGGCAUCACACAUGCGCUGUGCGUCAUAGCUGAAUCUCCAUACAGCAAUGCACAAUGAAAUAUACAAUAUGCAUAUACUUACAUAAAAGUGAAGACAAUUUAAACAGUAUGGAAUAGCCACAAUUAACUGGUAUAAAUGUGUAAAAACGUUUUUAAAAAUUUCACACAAUAUGAAAUAAAGGUUAUUUGAAAGUAUCAGGGAGUAUGUGGUGAAGAUGAUUCUCCACUUGUAUGGUCUUUAAGGAGGAAGUGUGUCAACAUUGAGCUUCUAGUGCCCUAUCAACCCAGCAGAACACUGCGCUCCCACAACUUACACUUACUUGCCACUCCUAGAAUUUUUACAAUUAGAAUUUUUCAGUCCGGGGGGCAGACACCCUCUCUCUAUUUAAAAGUAAACUCAAAACCCACCUUUUUUAUACAGUAUUCACUUGUAGAAGUGACCCCUGAUACGCUGAUAUGUAUCAGAGAAACUCCUAUACCCUUGCAUAAAGACUCUCGUGUUUUCUGGCUUGAUCUACCAUCUGUCUCUCAUCAUUUUUCUAUCUCAA